UAAUUAAAUUAGGUAUGGCGCGCACUAAGUGCAGUAAAGAGUGCGUAACCUAAAAUUAGGCUGGAAGCUUGGGAAAUUUUGUGAGUGGUCACACGUACGCUGGCAGGGAGUUGUGGUAUAAGUGAGCAGACCCAAGCAAUUUGAAUGAUUUAUACGUUAGAUGUUGGCUUUCUGCAUGCAACCGAUGUUUUGUGAACAAUUUGAUUCGGGAUAUCAGUAAAUUUCCAGGAACAUGUUUCGACCACUAGGCCUAGUUCAAGUAGCAUGUAGGUGGAUCAGCAAUGGAAGCGCAAAGGUAGAAAAAUCUCUGAAUCAAAUUGUAUUGCUAGGACGCCUUGGAAGAAACCCAGAAAUGAGAGGAAGUGAGGAGAAUUCAUGUACAACAUUUCCCUUAGCAACAUCAGAAACAUUUAAAGAUAAAGCAGGGGAGUACAAUCAGAAGACUCAAUGGCAUAGGAUAGUUAUUUUCAAGCCAUGGCUUAAAGAUACAGUAUUUUCAUAUGCAAGAAAAGGUUCCAGGGUUUAUGUACAAGGCAAACUGGAAUAUAGUCAGUAUAAAGAUGAUGAUGGCAACAAUAUAACAUCUACUUCAAUAAUAGCAGAUGAUGUCAUAUUUUUGGACCAAAAAACUGAUGAUAACCUGUAGACUAGUAAUGAAACAUGUUCCAACACCAGAUCAAUUAGUAAAUCUGUGGGGAUGUGUGUACCAGCAUGAAUUCAACCUACUUGUGUGUGUAUACUGCAACAGGAUUUUAUAUUUAUGUCGCAUUUGAAUUCAGAACCUUUAAGUGGCGAAGGCCAUCCAACCAGUCACCUUUCACAAAUCAUGUUUCGGAGAUGAAAGAUAAAAAAAAAAAAAAAAAAAAAGAAGUGGUUCUGUCUCGAACCACUGAUUCUUAUGAAGUUUCAGGGUUUGUAGACUUAUGUAUUAAUCAUGUAUGCCAAAAUCAACAUUCAAUACUCUAACCUACCAUUGCUAAGGUAGUUAAAUUCCUACGUUGUCCAUUCGCGGGCCGUUUCCACGAUAUCAGCCCGUUGUAAAAUUUGAAUGCUCAUUUCUUGAAUACUAUUCUGUAUUUUUAAAUGCCUGUAACUUUAUAACGAAAUGUUGGAUAAAUUCUUUCACCAUUUUAUAACUUUCUUUUUAUUGAUUAACACAAAUGCAAUAUUUUUUGCUAGGAAUGAGUGGUUUGGCUGUCUUUGCCACAUUGCAUUCAAAACAAUUUUUGGGAUUUUUAUACAUACAACACAUAUAUCACAUUUUUACAAAGGUAAUUAUUGUGGAGAACAUACCACUUUUGGUAUAUUUCAUACAUGAAACAUUGACGUUUAACCUAUAUUGUAAACUACUUCCGCGUUAGUGAGCUCAGAAUCUGGGGUUGGAUUUGUCAAACUUUAAUAUACUUUGAGAUAUUGAUAUGAAGGGUACAAUAAUGCCUUACUAUAAAGAUGAAAAAUAUGCAACCAUUGAUGAUAAGAGGGUCUUGCCAUGUUUUUGCGUCGCUAUUUAUCGUGCCCUUUGUCAACUGUGGAUCCACAGUAAGACUGUAUUCUAACACCAUCUCAUGCUAUGAUUUAUUGUUCAGAAGAUCCAUUGAUUAAUAAAAUUUGCUUUGCGGCUAGCUUUUUUUCUUCAAGUAUAUCCAUUAGGCAUUUGUGAAUAAAAAUAUAUUGUUGCUGCAAAAAGAAAAAAA